AUUGCUCUUUCUCAAAGCAUAUUUUGUUUCUUCCUUUUAGUAAUCAGGGUAUAGCAUCAGUCUACUUCUCACCACAUGUAACCCCUUCCUCCUCCUGGAGCUUCAGCUGCCUGUGAUACAGAACCUCAUUUUUUUGUACAGCCUGAGGAAAUUGCUAAAUUGUUGGGUAGAGCUGGGGUGUUUAUAGAAUAGAAACAGUUACUACAAAGGUAAGCAUGCAGACCAAGGUAAGGUUUUGGUUUGUGAGAUGCAGAUGCAAGAAUGAAACCCCAAAACUGUUACUAUGAAUAACAGUUUUAUAAAACUCAGGAGCAAGAAUUUCAGCUUCCUUUGAUGGCAACAUUGGGGCACUUGGAUUGGAGAGAGCAUACCAAUAUUUAGGUCUUUUAGCUCAUUAAACCCUAGUUGUCUUUCAUUUACUAAUAAAAUACUUGAUUAAUACGUAUUUGCUUAUAGUGUCUACAUGUGACAAAAAUGUAGCAAAGAAGGGAGGGAAGGGUUAAGAGAGGGGAGAAAUUCCCUUGAAUUAGUCGAGGCAGCUUAUAAAAGAAGACUGCCUGGCACUUUUCCACUACACACUGAAAUCCCAGGAGUCUGGCCCCAGCAACUAUGCGAACAGGCAACUCUACCAUAGGUUCAAAUACAGCCCUAGCAAAGGAUCCCAUGCACAGGUAACCCGUGUCUCUGCUUUGGCUUCGCUGGCUGCCUGCACCAGCAGCUUAGAGCAGCAACCCGCUCCUGCGGCAGGUCGACCUUAAGCUCUGGGAGUUUAGCUGUGGCUCGGCCCGGCCCACCGCGCCUACUACCCUCUCAAGCACUGACGGGGGCAAAGCCCCGCGUGCCCCGCUUCCCGCUGAGGUGAUCGCGCCGAAGCAUCCUCUGCGCAUGCGCAGUACCUCCCUCCGUCCCACCCCUCCGCGCGAGGGCUGCUGGGAAGGGGCGGGGCGGCCUGCCGCGGCUGAGGGCGCGGGCGCGUGCCCUGUUGCUGAGGUGAUUCUCGAACCGCCAUUUUCAAACGGCCGGGGCGGCCUGGCUGCUUGCGCGGGGGCUGCGGCGCGGAAGCAUCAGCCCCGAGAGCGCGGCAGUGCAGGACAGUGUGCCCUGUAGGAGAAGAAGGAAGGUGCUGUAGCCAAGGCUGGGGCUCUUCGCAGGCGAGCGGCGACACUCGGCGGCUGACUGGGGCUUCCGCAUUGCCGGCAUCCGCCCGUGUGGCAGCCCUGAUGACUGCGUGGCGCUGGGCCGCUCCGUCACUGGAGAUCGCAGAUUAGUCAGGGCGGACUACCAGAGCAUCUGACCUACACGCUGGUCUCUCCUUCCCUCGAGGUUCUGCAGUCCCACUUCCCCGCCGGAGCUGCGUUACCGCCGAAGCCUCACUGAAACAUGCUGGCUACAUCCUAGUGGCUCAUCCUGCAAAAACUUGCCUUUAACUGGUGUUUCUGGUGUCUUGUUUUUCUUGACUGUGACAAAAGCUGCUUUGGAGGUGUGUUCACAAUGACAAGUGCAGAGCAAAGGUUCAUUCAUCUCAGAAAACGUCUAGAUCAACUGGGCUAUCGGCAACCUUUGGGAGUGGAAAGUUUACCUUUGGUGGAAAAGCUUUUUAGUGACUUAGUUCGUACAACUGAGAGUUUGCGCAGUGCAAAGUUAUCUGCUGGAAAAAGUAAAAAAGAAUGCAAUAAUUAUGAUGCUAUUUUGGAACCUUAUAAAACAGAGAAUGCUAAACUUACCAGGGAAAAUAAUGAACUACAUUUAGAAAUACUAAAACUGAAAGAGCAAUCUGAUCGUCAUGUUAAAGAUUUGAAAGCCUCCUUACGAAGGGCUGAACAUGAAACAACUGACUUGAAAUUUCUGAAUAACCAAUAUGUACAUAAAAUUAAAAUGCUGGAAAAAGAGAACAAAAUCAAGACUGAAAAAAUUCAGCAGCUUCAGGAGAAGAAUCUGCAAGCAGUAGUGCAAACACCUGGUGGCAGAAAAAGAAGCAUUCCCUUCAGGCGUCAGCGCAUGCAGAUAGACCAGCCUGUGCCUCCGUCAGGUGUUAGUGCCUAUCCAGUUCCUCAGCCAGAGGACCCGUAUAUCGCAGACCUUCUUCAGGUGGCUGACAAUCGAAUUCAUGAACUUCAGUCAGAAGUAAUAGAACUACAGGAAAAACUGGAGAUAUCUGAAUGUGGGAGGAAAAAUUAUAGCAAACAGGUUGAGUUGAGAGACAAAGAAAUAGAGCGCCUAGUGCUAGCACUGGAUGGUGGACGUUCUCAUGAGGUUCUCUCUCUGGAAUCGAAAAAUAAAAGUAAUGAGAAGCUUAUUGCCCAUUUGAAUUUGCAGAUUGAAUAUCUUCAGCAAACGAAGAAAGAACUCGAAAAUCGCAUUCAAGACCUCUUGGAUAGUAAACAAAAUGUGACUAGUGAGGUAGAACAGUUAAGCAAUAAAAAUGAAGAACUCUGUCAAGAACUGAAUGAAAUAGACCACUUGGCCCAACAAUUGGAAAGACAUAAAGAAAUUGUACUUGAGACUGCAGAUAAGGAAAUAGGAGAAGCAAAGAAAGAAAUUGAAAGAAAACACACGGAAAUACAGGACCUUGAAGAAACAAUAACAAAGCUUAAAUCGGAGUUGCACUCAUCUCAUAGAGAGAACAAGAGACUGAUCGAGGAACUCUUUGGCAAAGCAGAUGAUAAAGAGAAUCUUGAACUUCUGUUAAACCAGCUUGAACAAGAGAAAGAGAGGCUGGCAGAAAAAGCAGAGAACUUGGAAAUAAAAGAACGAGAACUUGUACUAGAAGUAGAAAGAAUGAGACUAGAAUAUGGCAUAGCACUAGGAGACAAAUCCCCGUCUCGUCUAGAUGCAUUUGUAAAGACUUUAGAAGAUGACAGAGAUUAUUAUAAGAGGGAAUUAGAAUAUCUCCAGAAAAUGAUAAAGCGAAGGCCUAGCCCAAGCCGUAGGACUCCAGAGAAGAGUGAAGAUCUUAGAUUGAUCACCAGAGAAAGAGAUGAGCUACAGUCCAUGUUAGACAGAUUUGAAAAACACAUGACAGAAAUUCAAUGCAAUGUCAAGUUACUGACUGCAGAAAGAGAUAAGUUAAAAGUUCUUUAUGAGCAGUCUCAGAGUGAAUUGAACAGGAUGAGAACAGAAGCAAAACAUAGCUUAGUUUCUCAAAAUCUUGUGGAAGAAGAGAGAGACAUUGAACUGAAUGACUUCAGAAGACUCAUAGCAGAAAAACAAAGCCUGAGAGAAAACUUAAAGAUUCAGCAAGUAUCAGCUAACCUUGAAAAAUCAAAGAUGCAGCAUGAUAUUUCAGAACUGGAGAGUAAUAUUAAAGGAUUGGAGAUAGAAAAGUGUGAAUUAAGGACUACAGUCUCUAUCCUGAAAGAAAGAGUAAAUUCUUUGGAAAAUGAAUUAAAAUUGAAGUCCACUAAACUUGCCCAGACAUCUGAUGAUUCUUCUCAAUUUAAAGUUGAGAUUUGCUCACUUCAGCUCUUAAAUGACCAGCUGCAGAGGUCUGCUGAAGAUUUACAACACCAGUUGUCCCUCAAAAAGGAUGAACUGCAGUCAGCUCAAGAAGAAAUUGUAAAGCUAGAGGAGAAAAUAGAUAGGUUAAACCAGAAGAGCACUUCACAUGAUGAAGCAGUCAAUGUGCUUAGAAGUACUAUCACCAUUUUGGACAAGGAAAAGGACAGGCUUCAAGAAACCGUAGAUGAAAAAACAGAAAGAAUUGCAUGCUUAGAUGACAACUUAGCUAACAAGGAAAAAACAAUUACUCAUUUACGUGUGACUCUCUCUGAGCUGGAGUCCUCAACAACACAGAUGAAGGACAUGCUGAGCAACAGAGACCAUGAGAUAUCUAGCUUACAUCAGCAGCUUGAUAUAUCUCAUGUAGAGCUUGCAGAAGCAGGAAGAGUAAAGGAAAUGGCUCUGAAUGAAAACAGACGAUUGCAAGAUGACCUAGCGACAAUGGCCAGAGAAAACCAGGCUGUCACUACUGAGCUUGAAGAUGCAAUACGUGAAAAAGAAGAAAUGAAAACCAGGGUUCAUAAUUAUAUAACUGAAGUUUCCAAAUUUCAGACCUUGAUAGCUUUGAAGGAAAAAGAAAACCAAGAAUUGUUAGAGAAGUUCCGAAUGCUCCAUUCACAAGCUGAAGACUGGGAAGUGAAGGCUCAUCAAGCUGAAGGAGAAAGUGGCUCAAUACGACUUGAACUCCUUUCUGUGGAUACAGAUCGGAGACAUCUUCGAGAGAAAGUAGAACUUCUGGAAAAAGAGAUUGAAGGGCAUAUCGCUGCACAUCAAGCAUAUGAAUCUCAGAUCUCCUUCUUUACAAAAAAUGUGUCCAAAUUGGAAGAGGAUAUUAAACGUGAAAACCAGCACAAGUCUUCUGUGUUGGCGGACCUGGCUUCUGUGAGGGAGCUCUGUGUGAAACUUGAGUCCAGCAAAGAAGCUUUAUCUCGUCAGCUGACAUCCAAAAGCAUGGAUCAUGAAAGGAUUCUAGGUGAAUUAGAAGAUAAAAAAGCAGAAGCAGAGCUGCUGAAAAAGCAGUUAUCCAGUGAAAGACUUACAGUUCAGAAUCUUGAAACAUUGCUGGCUGCUAGUAGAGACAAAGAAUUUCAGAACCAUUUAACAGCCACGGGGAAAGAUUCCGAAAUUCAGUUGUUGAAAGACAAGCUAACACUUGCUGAGAGCAAACUAGUAUGCCUGUCUCUGAAGGACUUAGUCUAAGAUAUCAUCAAGACCUCUUGUCUUCUGCGUCUAUUCUCAACACACUGGAUCAAGAUACCAUUCUAGGAAUUUAACUGAUGAAUAGGGAAGACAGGAAAAACUAUUCUGCGGUUCAUUUUGGAUCAAAUCUCUUGAGUAGUUUGCAUCUUCCUGGAGUCAGAGACCAGCGAGUGCCAGACAGGAAGUAUGUGACUGAGAUAGAAGUGGAUCUCGUUUUUCAGAAUUCACAUCCAGUGCUUUGGUAAUAAACUAGUACAUCUCUGCUUCACCAGAAGUGACUUCUGAGCACUGCAUCUCAUAUUGGCUUUGAAGACUCUAUGGAGUAACAUGGCUGUCUAUCUAGACUCUGGUUUAGACAAUUUAUUUUACACUUUUUUUGCUUGUUUCAUAAAGCAAUUAAUGGUGUUUUAAAGCCAAGCAUCGAGUUGUCCAAGCUAAUGACUUGCUAAGAAGUAUAUUUAGUUAUGCUACUUAAAAUUUUCAAGGCUGCUUUUCAUUUUGAUUCUUGCAGUUGGGCCCCAACAGCAAGGGUGUAGUUGACAAGCUUUCAGACCCUAUUUUUUGCUGGUCUGAGCUUGCAUUAAUACAGUUUUUACUUAGAUUUGAUUCCAUUUUCUUCACUAAUGGCCAGAUAGUUACAGCCUACUUGAUAUAAUUUUUACUGAAGCCAUAUCUCUCAUGUUUGUAUUUUUGUGAAUAGUUACUGCUUUUUUUCUUCAAGUGUACACAUCUCACAUUGCAACAGAGGACAGUAAAUUAAUUAAUGACUCUUUUCUCUGUUUUAAUAAAACAUGUUUAUGUUCACCUUGUCUGGAAAAGAACAUGAUGUAUUGUAGUAAGGAUGUAGUGAGGCUUGCCAGCUUCUCACCUCUUUGUUACCUUCAGUUCUUCCAGAAAUGUUCUGUUACAUUAAUUUUAUUCUCACUGCUUCUGAUUUGUCUUUGACUUGGUCUUUGUGAAACAACAUAGCCAGUGUCUGUUUUUGUUUCAUUUUACUUUAAUGCCUCUAAGCUUCUGGCUGACAAUGUUCAAAGAAAACUUUGUUGCUUCUCAUGA